AUGGAUCCUCCACCGCCACCGCCGAAAUCACCGGCGAGCGCGAGCCUCUUCCAGGUCUAUCUACGACUGCGACCAGCACCGGCAAGCACGACGAAUCCUGACCGAUUCCUCCUCGUCGAAGAGCCCGAGCAGUCCCAACCGCCGACUCAUAUCACACUCAACCCGCCAAAUGAUCGUAGACGCGCCAUCGAGAAGUUUGCCUUUACCCAGGUCUUUGAGGAAGAUGCUACGCAGCUUGACCUCUUCCAAGGCACUCGAGUCUUGCCCCUGGUCGAGGGUGCCCUCGCACCACACGGCGGAGAUGGCACAGACGGACUGUUGGCGACCCUGGGUGUGACUGGCUCUGGAAAGACGCAUACCAUGCUCGGCUCCAAGACGCAGCGCGGUCUCACACAACUAGCUCUCGAUGUCAUUUUCCGUUCAAUAGAGCCUACCUUGGUCGACUGCGCUGGUAACCCUGCACUCGAAGCCAGCAUCACGGCGUCGGAUCCGUCCGAGGCCAACAUUCUCGCAGCGCCAGCCUUUCUCGAGACUGUGUACAGUGACUUUGCCGCAUCAGCGAGAACAUCCAGAACAUCCAGAGCUUCAAGAGCGACUACACCAAUGGUGGUACGACACCCUCCCAAACAUGAUUUCAACGGACCUCUACGGCAGGAUUUCCCUCAGCUGCCAGGGGCGUUUCCUGAUAGUCCUGGCAGUUCGCAGGUUGUUCGUCACGAAGACGAGAAUCAGAUACAUCUACAAUCACCAAUGCCCCCAAGUGCGAGGCAUCAAAGCAAGAUGCUUUCCAAUGGCGAGAAGUCUUCGUCAUCCCGGCCAGAGUUGGCUCGUGGCCUCCAGAACAAGAACCAUUACAUGACCCUAACUUCAGCUUCAAAACUAAAGAGCAUAACCAAAUCUAACAAAUUUCCUGUAAAGGGCGAUCAAGCACCACCACCAACGCCGCGGCUGCGACUACCAAGGCCAUCAGCAAUGGCGCAAACUCCCGACAUUGACUCGAUCCGCGCCUCCUGCGAUCCUACGGCAGAAUACGCAAUCUUGAUCUCCAUGUACGAAGUAUACAAUGAUCGCAUCUUUGAUCUCUUGACGCCUGCAAUCCGAUCGAAUAUCACGAAAGAAUACCGACGCCGCCCACUGCUCUUCAAGUAUACCGAACAGUCAUCAGACCGCAAGGUGGUUGCUGGACUACGCAAGAUCAUCUGCGGAAAUCUCAAGGAGGCACUGAUGGUUCUGGAAGCCGGUCUCCACGAACGAAGAGUGGCAGGCACUGGCAGUAAUAGCGUGUCUUCCAGAAGCCACGGUUUCUUUUGUGUUGAGGUCAAGAAACGCCGCAAGGACCGAACGAAUGACGCCUGGGAUGGCAGUACCCUAAGUAUUGUUGACCUUGCAGGCAGUGAGCGGGCGCGGGACGCGAAAACGCAGGGCGCCACAUUGGCGGAGGCAGGCAAGAUCAACGAGAGCCUAAUGUAUCUGGGCCAGUGCUUACAGAUGCAGAGUGACAUUGGCAAUACGAGCAAGCCAAACUUGGUGCCUUUCCGGCAAUGCAAGUUGACAGAACUGCUCUUCUCGAAUUCUUUCCCGUCUCCAUCACUUUCACAAUCCCACAGGCAUCGCCGCCCCCCUCAAAAAGCAGUCAUGAUUGUGACCGCGGAUCCCCUGGGCGACUUUAACGCGACAUCACAAAUCUUGCGAUACAGUGCUCUAGCUAGGGAGAUUACGGUGCCUCGAAUCCCGUCAAUCACAUCAACCAUACUCAACGGCCAGCAGCCGGCAUACCCAAGCCUGCCUCCAUUCAGCCCUAGUAGUAGUCCGCCUCUCUCAUCCCCCAUAUCUCAGAGCAAGCCCUUCUUCAAGACGAACAUGUUUGGCCCACCGGCCAACCGCCGAGUCUACAGUCCGGCUUCCGACAGCGAGCGUGCCACCAUGGAAAAUGCGGCCUUGGAGAUCGCUCGAUUGUCCGAAUUGGUUGAUCAGCUCAACAGAGAUCUGGCGCGGGAGACUGAGGCACGCAUGACUGCCGAGGCACACUUGACGUCUAUGGAAGACCGCAUGGUUGACCUCGAGCAGGAGAUCCGUGAAGAGUGCUAUAAUGACUUUGAGCAGCGCUUGGCACUGGAGAUGGCCAGGUCAAAGGUCAGCAUGAGUUUAGAGCAGGAGAGAGGUGAAGAGCACUGGGACAAGAAGGUGGAGGUCUUGGCGAGAAGUGUGGGCGCCAGUAUGACCAUCUCCAGCGAUGGAGAGCCAGAGGAUGAGGACAAGGAAAACGUCCUUAUCGAAAACCUUGAGCAGGAGAAUGAGAGGCUCACGAGGGAAGUUUCCAUACUCAAGAAGGAGCUUGGAACCCGGACCCCAAGCAGAAGAACACCACUCUCGGAACGAGGUGAUUUUAUUGGAAUUAAAAACGACAUGACAGGAUUGAACAACAGGUUGCAGGAGCUCAAGGUUAGCGAUGGCGGCGAGGAGCCGAGAAGCAGCACCCGGAAAAGCAGGACGGUAAACACAGGAAGCCCGACCAAAAAGGUCCGCAAAUUGACAGCGAAAAAGUGGGAAAGCAUUGACAUUGACGAUAAUGUCUUUUGA